AUGGCUCCACGUGGUGCUCGCAGUGGUGGCGCUCAACCAUCGCGCGGGUCAAAGGCGACUUCCAUGAAGUCUAGCGCUGGCUCUCGAGGUGGUAUUCAGAAGAAGAGAGCCGGCGCUACCAAGAUUGACGGAGAUGGAGAUCUCGACAUGGAUAGCGCUGCUCGGCGCUCAGCCAGGUCCGCCGCUGCACAGCCAGGUGGCGGUCAGUCAAAGCCCAGUACGAGAUCCUCCGCUACGAAAAGCGCUCGCGGCCCUUCCAAGGUGGCACAAAACAUUAUGAAACAGCUAGCCAAUGGUAAUAUUGGCGAUGGCGCGUCUCGUGUCACCAGAGGCAGAGCGAAAACCGGAGCUGGCCUGUCAUAUCUCAGAGUCUAUGGCCUCCGGCAGAGCAAGGCCGCCAGCAACCCCGAUGGCGGGCUCAAAGAUCUUCUCAGCUUUCUGGAAAGGAAAGCUUCCGGAUUUACCGCCGGCCGCCCAAGACGAAAUCCUAUGAUUAAGAAGUCACAUGUUGCUGGGGACUAUGUAUUCAUAGGCGCCAGCAAGGACGACGCAGAAGAAUUAAUCAAACUCAACACUUUCAUGUUCGCUGGCGUAGAAUUGGAAAUUGUUGAGUCAACAGAAGGGCUCGGGCAGCCCAACAAGGCAACAGAAUCAAAGGAAACCCAGGAGCUUCGCGCCAAGUUGCAGGCAAUUCUUGGUUCGAGAUACUUUCAGGCGAACAAGCUGCUAAAACUUGACGCCCUCUCAACAGAUGCAGAGCUCGUCCAGCUUGGCAUGUUUGAGAAUCGCGAGCGAGCUCUCAAGACCUUCAAGGGCCUGAUGGUCAUUUGUGAUGACCUUUUCAAAACGGCUCAGGAGAAGCGCGACGCCAUUGAAAGCAUCAGCGUAGCGAACAAUGGCAUUGACGACGUCGCCCAGGUGGAAAAUGUUGCAAACACAUUCCCUCAGCUCAAGAAUCUUGACAUGAGUGGCAACCAGAUUGCAAACAUGAAGGCCAUGGAGCGCUGGAAGGGCAAAUUCAAGGAGCUCAAGACGCUUUACAUGGCCGGUAACCCCAUCGAAACUGCCGACCCAAGCUAUCAAAACGUCUUGUUAGAAUGGUUCCCCAAACUUCAGGACAUCAACGGGGUAGAGUUACGAAGUGCGGCCCAGAUUGCGGAGCGGGAGGAAGCUUUGAAGCCAAAGGCUAUCCCGCAAAGUGGUCCAGAUUUCCGAGAUGUCAAUGGCAUCGGCGAGAAGUUUUUGUUGGAAUUCUUUGGGGCAUACGACAAUGACCGUCAUGGCCUAAUUACCAGACUGUACGACGAUGCGAGCCAGUUUUCUCUAGCGGUUGACACCAAAUCGGUCCGGGAUGAUGGUGCGCCUGCGCCGCUGCCCUGGGCAGCAUACUUGAAAUUUUCAAGAAACCUGAUCAAAAUUACGCAUCAAAACGCCAGAGCCACGCGACUGUUUAAGGGCGCGAGUGUCAUCUACGACUUGUGGAAAAUGCUGCCGUUGACUCAACAUCCCAACAUCAAGACAGAUUUGAGCAAGUAUAUUAUGGACUGCCAUCCUCUUCCGGGCCUGGUUGAUCCAUCUGGGCAGAAUCCCCUGGGAGUGGACGGGCUCAUCAUUACCGUCCACGGCGAAUUUGAUGAAUAUGAUCAGACUAGUGCCACGACGGGCAAGAGGAGCUUCUCGCGGACCUUUGUGCUUGGGCCCGGCCAGCCAGCAAGAGGUGGAAUUCGGGUCGUCAGCGAUAUGCUUUCACUACGGGCAUGGAACGCUCUACCCAACGUUUUUGAUGCCAAUGCCACAGCACAGGCUGCCCCGGCCCCCUCAGUGGCACCAGCAACGGUUCCGCCGGCUGGCCCAGUCGCACAGGCGCCAGAUCAUCAGCAGGUCAUGAUCGAUGAGCUGUGCAAGCAGACUGGUAUGACACAGCAGUACUCUGCGAUGUGUCUCACGCAGGUCGACUUUGUCUUUGACAAGGCGCUUGCAAUUUUCAAUGAAAGAAGGGCGCAGCUGCCGCCUGAGGCCUUCACUGCUAAUACGCAGUAA